AUGUCAGGAGAACGCAAAGAACCAACCCCAGCAAAGAGAACUACCCAAGCCAAUGGCAAAAAUGAGCCAAAACCUGCAAAAAAAGCAAAAAUUUUAGAAGAAGCUGGAGAAAGUUCAGAUGAAGAUUUCGCUCCUAACGCUUCAGAGUCAUCCGAAGAAGAACCGCCAUUAUUAUCUGAUGAGGGAGAACACGGAGAAGAUGAAGAUUUUGAUUUAGCUGGGUAUAUAAAGUUCAGAGAGAGGCAUACGGAGGAACAAGAAGGCAGCUCUGAAGAGGAAUUAGAAGAAAACGCUAGCGAAGAAAGUGAAAGUGAGGGAGAGGGAGAGGAGGAGCCUGAAAGCAGCGCGGAAGAGUCAGAAGAAUAUGAAGAUUCAAGCUCAGAGGGAGAAAAGCCAAAGAAAAGCAAUGGAAAGAAAACUAAUUAA